CGUGAAUGCCUGCACUGCCCUAAAUAUCGGGUUGCUGUUCUUGGAAUGCGUGCAAAAUGGCGACGCAUUUAGAGUGGAAUAAGUGAUCUCGAUGAAUUUUAAACUGUUUUAACAAGAGUUACAAACCUUUCACGUCGUCAAUUUUAACAAAGAUUCAACUCAAAUAUCCGUAGCUACUUUGUUUUAAAUUGUUUUGUAUUUCUGGCCAAAAUGAUGACAACUAGAGUCCCGAUUAGCAGCAACGAUUUUGGUCUGUUCGACGCAGAAUUGAACAACUAUGAAUACGAGUAUUUUUUCAAGCACAUCGGUGCUUUUAAACGCUUUAUGCAAGAAGAGCCCAAGGAACAAAGGCAGUUAUUUUUGGAUGCAUUUUGUGAAUAUUCAUAUAAUCAUAUUGAGAUCAAAGCCAUUGCUACAAUGAGUGAUCCUAAGAAAAAGUUCAUUGAAAGUUUUCGAUCAUAUGCGCAAGAAACAUUCAUAAAUGGCAAAUUCAGUGCGGCAAAGCAGUUCCUCAAUGACUCUGUUAUUGUGGCAAGAAAUAAACACAUGAUUCACUAUAUGGAUUCCCAUUCAUAUGCAAAAGACCCAUUUUUUCAUAAGGAAACAAGAGAUGUGUUCAGGAGAUUGUUUGGUGAGCCUACAGAGGCAGGAACUUGUGUCAAGGUCAUCUGUGUUCUACCACUGUACGUGAGAUUUGCUGGCUCAAUAUGCCGCUAUCUCAAGCGAUGGUUAGACGUGGAGGAAAGCCUGUACCCAAUGCCUGUGAAAUCUGGAAAGAAGAGUAAGGCUGAGAAGAAAGCUCUGAAGCAGCAAGCUGCCAUAAAAGCAGCUCUGAUGGCCAGUCAACCAACUAAACCAGAGGUCAGUAAGGCAGUUUCAGCUCCUCAACAGAGUACUGGCUGUUCCUGUGGUUCAAAAACUGGAUCAGCUUCUGGGAAGCAAAGUGGAGGCGAGAGUACUAGUUCAAAAACGGUCGGCAGUGGUGAGCAGUCAAAAGCCUUAGCUGUAGCAACAGACGAGAAACCCUCUCAAGCUGAGGUCGAUGCAGCUGAAGACUUCUCAAACUUUUACUAUGAUAUGCACGAGAGAAAGCAAAGAAAACGAGAUAUUCGGAAGAAGGGCAAAAAAUAUGAGAAUAUUGCCUGUCAACAUCCUUGUCAUGGCAAGGUUUGCAACUGUAAUCCUCAUAAACAUAGCCAUGACCAUAGCCACAAUCAUGAUCACAGUCACAAUCAUGAUCACAGUCAUGAACAACCACAAGCUACCCGCGAAGAGCUGAUGAAUUGCCUUUGCACGAAGCACAAAGCGUUGGCCGAGGCGAAGAUAGCAGAAAAGAAAGCUGCCUUGGAAAAACGAUUGCAGAGCGAAAGAAAAUUAAGUAGCGAUGGUAGUGUAGCUUGCGAUGAGAAAAUCUCUGAAAUGAAAAAUAAUGAAAACAGUCCCGAGGAGAAGCUCGCUGAAGACAAAAGCUCUGUGGCUGAGAGUUCUGAAAAUAAAACUACAGAAAGUGAAAUCUCGAUGGAGAAAGAUUCAGCAGAGAAAAGCUCUGAAGAAAAAGAUUCUGUGGAGAAAACGUCCGGUGAUAAAGGUUCGGAUGGUGGAAAGUCCGAGGAUAAAAUCGCGGAGGGCAAGAGUUCCGAAGGCAAUAGUUCCGAGAGCAAAAGUUUGGGAAACGAGAUCGUGGCCGAAAAUCCCGAGCAUGAAUGUUUGGAGGAGGAUAAAAGUUCCGAGAAUGCUAAGAGUAUCGAGAAUGAUAAAAAUUCUGAAGGAUUUCAAACACCUGAAGAGGAUAGUUCCGAGGAUAAAACUAACGACGCCAUUGAUGUGCCUUGUAAGGUUGAAGAGAUCAGAAGACGGAGGAAAAGGCAAAAGAAAAUUGCGGAGAAUGGAGUGGUGAGCAGCGAUGAUGAAGAAUAUCACGAUUGUGAUGCUGCUGUUGAACGUUUUAUUAACAGAACAUUUCCUGAACUUCAUUUGUGUGAACCGCAUCCUAACGAGCAGUAUGAAAAAAUAAUUGAAGAAGAAGAAAAGGAAAUAGCAAUUUUGAAAAUGAAGGAAGCGAAGCUACGUACGUGUGCCUUCUGUAGACAACAAGAAACUGAAGUGAAGACAUUCAAGAAGUGUCAAAAGUGUAAAGGAAAAGGAACGAAAUUUUAUUGCAGUCGCCAGUGCCAAAAGCUGGAUUGGACUCGACAUCGUUCAGAACAUGAAUAGUUGUAAAGAAUUCAUCUGGAGUUGAUUGUUUCAAGGUUUCUCUGUUCAUCGAAAAUCAUCAAUUGAAAUGAAUCAGUUUGUAUAUAUGGAAUUUAGUUGUGUAUAGAACUUUGUUGAAAUGAAGAGUUUUUAGCAGCGAAGUUGAGUACUGUACAUAUAAUAAAGGCAUAAGUAUUUUUAUAUUGUUGAUUAUCUCCAGAUAAGAUAAUCACAAGACAAAACACGUUCAAUUCGCCUGACAAAUUUUGCUUUGUAAUUUUGUCUAAGUUCUACAAAAGCAGGUCUGAGAAGUAUUCAAUAUUUCGGAACACAAACUAUCGCAUAUAAUUGGCACUACACUAUAUAUACUGAAUAAUGUAGUCAUU